GUGAUGUUUCUGCCUGGACCAAAAAAGAACGAAUUGUCACAGCUGAGCGAAUUGAAGAAUAUUUUCUAAUAAACAUGUAUAUGGAAAAUAAUUUAUAUUUCGUGAUACGUUUGAAAAGUGGAACAGAUUUUUUAAAAGCUGUUGAACAAAUGUGCUGAACACAUAAGCGUAGAUGUGUCUUUCGAAUUUAUAUCUAAGUAAUAAAAGAAGUUAGAGUAUAUUCAGCCUUCGGUAGUGUUUGAUUAGUAAUGAUGAUUUGGCAUUAAUAUGUGUGUACUGAUAAUUAAGUACGAUAAAAAGGAACUGUUGUCACAAUGUUUUGCCAAAAUUUUGUACGUUGAGAUUGUGUAAGAAAAGCAGAGAAAUGGGAGGAAUAAGUUGGAGCGAAUUAUUUCCGGGAAGAUGGAGUUCUGUUAUAUUUAUUUCCUAUAUAGCUCUAUUUAUAAAUCAAGGUAUUCUUGUGACAUGGUCUCAAAGAAGUGGUCGCUAUGAGUAUAAUACUGUGGCAGUUGUGCUGAUGACAGAAGUUUUAAAAUUGAUAAUAUCUACAGUACUUUAUUGCAAAGACAAUAGUAUUUUAACUCUUCUUCAGGAGACAAAAAAGAAUAAAAAGGUGCUUCUACUGUAUAUGAUACCUGCAUUUUUAUACUGUCUCUACAACAAUCUAGCAUUUGUCAAUUUGGCUAGAUUUGAUCCUACAACUUACUAUAUCUUGCUGCAACUUCGUGUUGUGCUUACCGGAAUCAUAUUUCAAGUUAUUUUUCGCAAAAAGUUGUCUGCGAUACAGUGGUUUUCAUUAGUGAUCUUGACAGUUGGUUGCAUGGUAAAGCACUUUGAUAUCCAUGUCUUUGAUGCAGAAUUCCAUGUAGAUAUUUCUCUAUUUUUAAUUCUUGUACAGACAACAUGCUCUUGUUUAGCUGGCGUUUAUAAUGAGUACUUGCUUAAACAGCAAGGUGCUGACAUUGACAUUUUUGUACAAAAUGUAUUUAUGUAUAUAGACAGUAUUUUCUGCAAUAUUAUAGCAAUUAUUUUAUUAACUACAUUCAAGAACAAUGUCAGUGAUACAUUCAGUAAUAUUGAAAUAAGUACAGCUUUGCAACCGAAAAUAAUAUUAAUUAUGUUAAAUAAUGCAAUUGUUGGAAUAAUAACAAGUUUCUUUUUGAAAACUUUAAAUUCUAUAUUAAAGACUUUUGCUAGUGCAAUGGAACUGAUUUUUACGGCAGUGUUAUGCUGGAUUUUAUUUAAUAUAGUUAUUAAUACAAACACUGUCAUUUCUAUAGCUAUGGUAAGUUUUGCUAUUAUUUUAUAUUCAAGAAAUCCUGUACAAAAUACUCAAUCUAAGGAAACGAUAGAAAGCAGAAAACAAUUUUAGUAUAGGCACACACAAUUAAUAACAAUAUUAAAUUGUUUAAAUAAUAAAUGUGUGUCUACAAUCAAAAUUAUGAAACGAAGUGAUAGUGUAUUAACCAAUAAUAUUGUUACAAGUUUUUUUCUUGUGAUAACACGCAAGCUUUACAUAAUUCUUAAUAAUUAUGUUGUAUAUUGUGUAAAAUUUGAUAUGUUAAGUUUAUAAUAUUGAAAAAUCAAGAUGUUAUAAUUUUUUUUAACAAAUUGAAUCUAACAUUCAGAUUAUGAUAAGAUCCGAGUAGAAAUAUUUAAUUCCUUUGGUAUUUAAAAUUAGUAGAAAUUGUCAAAUUACAAAAUUCA